UCUUUGUUUGUAGUAGGAGGACUCCCCGUCCAGCUAGCAGCCAAACAUAUUCACUGUCUUAACUUCACAACUGUAUUUAUUUUUUAACAGGGCCCGUAAGGAUCCACACAGCGGGUUCUUUCCGUGCAUUUUUGCUCCAAUAAGAUGGUCGUUUUGACAACUAACAAUGAAGAACAGGAUUAUAUCCUGAUAGAGGAGCGUAAAUGCACCUCCCUGCCCAGCUCUCCCGCCAAGCGAGUGUCUCCCACCAAAAAGAAGCAGUUCUUUAUUAACCAAGCCAUCCGCAACUCUGACCUCAUUCCCCGAGCCAAAGGCAAGAAGAGCCUCCGCAGACAGGAGAACACGCGCUUUCUUGCCAAUCUUCUUGAGAGGGAUGAAUGCUCCAAAGAUGAUCUGGAGGUUUGCAGUAACCCGGCCAUCCCAUCCAUCUUCACUGAAGCCUGCACCAAUGGAAACUACAUAGAACCUUGGAAUGACUUCAUGAAUUGCUCCGGAGAGGAGCAGGAGAGGCUGUUGUCUCUGCUGGAACAGGAGGAGGCCAAGAAGAAAAACACCAACCGACUCCUCAAAGACCAGAGGAAUGUAAAUCCUGCCUUCACUGCUCAGGACUGCUUCCAGAGAAUUGAUCGCAGGCUGCGAGCCACUCUUAGAAGGAAACAAAUCCCAAUGGGAACUCUGGAAGUACUUGAGGAAAAUCUCCUGAGCUUCUUCAACACUCAACCUCACUCAGUUUACACAACCAACCUCACCAGCAGCUUUGAGAGACUGCUGCUUCACGCCGUCUGCCAGUACAUGGACCUCGUCUCUGCAAGCACCGACAACAACGGGUCACGUCAGACUGAAGUGGUGAACAAACAAGAGGAGUUUCUGCCUCCUGCACUUCUGCUGUCUGCUUACCUGGAGCAGAUGAGCUGAGACCAGGACCAGGCCCUGUUUCCCCUGCAUGGCUCUGCUGCUGGCAGGAGCUCGGAGAGAUGUAGAUAAGGUGCGCAAUCCCUAUGUAGUAGUCUGUGUAAUGUUCAACAAGCUCCACAAACAGCUGCUUCCUUCUGGUUGGUCUCUGGUUUCUGUAGUAAAUUAUCAAUUAAUUUAAUCCACAAACAAAUCAGAGUUCAUCAACCCCUGUAUGUAAGCAGGCUUCGCAUACAUCCGAAAUGUUACAUGUUAGAUAUUAGCGUCAUAGCCUGCUAUCUGUAUGUAUGUUAUUAUGCUGAAGUCAACAUUCAGCUCAAAGCACAGCUUGGCCCGAGUUCAGGAGGUAGACACACAUCUGAGGUAGGCAAAGUACGGGUUAAACUGUUAAAAGUCUGACUGAACAAUGGAGGCCUUGUGGAGAUGCAUUUUCAGAACAUAAUAUGCUCUAGACGUGCCUCUACUCUCAUACUGUUUUUGUGUUUACAUCAUAGUGUUACAGUUAACCAUGUAUCGGCUCUGAUAUCUUACAGUCUGACAUAGCUCGAGACAGAGACUUUAGUAGACCAGUCCUACACAGUGUGACAGGCAGUAAACUCACACUAUCAUUGGCACCUUAACAUCAUGACAGUGUCAUUAUUUAAUUUUCCAUCAGUACAUCCCUAAUUAUUUUUAACAAGUUAAGUUUCUAAAAUAUAUCUUGUAAUUCGAACAUUGCAUCACUGCUCUGACUAUCAGCCACACAAGUUAAUUGAUUGGUGAGGACUUGCUUGUGAACUCAAAUCUGAUAUUCAUUUCAGUAAAGCACAACUUCAUAACAAUAAAUAAUGACAUAGAAAACAUUUAUGGAAAGUUUGCUUGGAGCCCAUUUCUACUGUUUGAAGUCUCAGCUCUGUUCAGGCUGUAUGGACCCUGUAGGGCUGAUAGUGAAUAACAGUUUGUAAAGGUGCUAAGACGAGGAAGGCGCUCUACUACAUCAGGAAAUGCAUCACUGCCCAAAGGAUUAGCCUGUAGGAUUUGUGUAAGUAGUGAGGUAUUAAGCAUGAAUAUUAAUAAUCUCUACAUUAUAUACACAGACACAUCACUGAUCGUCAUAGAUAUAGAAGUAAAUGUCUGUCUGUAAGGGUGUAAAAUAACAGCUUCUAAUAUGCUUGGGAAGCGAAGUCAUUCUUUUAUACGCAUCUCUUUGUUAUGUAUGAGAAGAAACUUGCUCUUUAGGUAUAGCUUCUUCAAGAUCUGCUUUGGGGGAUUUUUUUUACUUUGUGUCUUUCUCUGCUUGCUCUGUCUGGCCUUUUCACUCAUCAUCUGAGGGAUACACUCACAUGUGGCCAACCACACUGUCAAUGCUGAUCAAGUAACAACUCGGAAACAACUGAGCACAGACUGUGACACGAAACAGUAUGUCUUGUGCUUUUUUUUUCUUUAAAGCUAAAACACAUGACAGUAUGACAGCACUCUGGCUGCACAGAUCCAUUGUAGACACUGGCAAACGGCUGCAGCUGCUCCUGUUGUGUUGCUGCUGUGCUGCUUUCACUGCACACUGGUGUAGACAAGGUCUAAAUGUUAUUUCAGUCAAUAUUCAAAGACAAGAUAAGGAACUAUACUAUUGUUAAAAAUUGCUUGUGUCCCUGUAAUUUUUGAUUUAUUGAUGGUUUUUUUUUGCAACAUGCAUAAUGUUUACUGAGUUUACACUAAACACAAAAUUACAACUUAAACAGCGUGUGUCUUACAAGAACUGGUACUAUGGUUUAAAGGUAUACUGUAUGAACAGUAGAUGUGUUACGAUAAUGGAAAAAUAACCACAUUUAAGGUGUUUUGAUGGUAAAGACCUGCUGAGUUUUGACUCUCAGGUGUGUGUGUCAUCUCAAUAAUAACAUUUACAACCCCAGAAAAGCACUUCUGCCUUAUGAAUGAAGUUUCUAUGUUUUUUCUGUACAUGUAUUUCUACAUUUGUACUUGACAAGAUUUUGGAAACACUUAUCCAGGUUAUUUAAAAAAAAAAAAAAAAAAAUCUUAUCCCCGAUUUUCUUUUCAUGCUGUUGUCAGCAGUGUAACAAAACUUGAUCUAUUGGUGCAUUUUGUCAACAACCAAAGUUUGUGCAUUUGUUGUGUGGAAAUCCAACUUCUCAGGCUUUCGAUUUCUCACUCUGAAUGUCAUGUAGUGAUUUCACAUGGUGUCAUUUUCAGUGUACUGUAUACUCUCAUCAAGAUGAACUUGUUUGGCACUGCCAACUUUUUAAAUACCUGAAGAAGUAGUUGUGCUGUAAAUAAUGAACUCAGAUAAUUGACUUGUGCCAACAUUUGGGUUGAAAAAGCCUAUAAUCAUCUGAAAGCUUUAUACACUAGAUUGUAACAUCUUUAUGUAUGUAUUGACGUGUGUUACGGUACCUAUUUAUAGUUAUCACUGCAACUAUUAAAGGAUUUAAGAUA